CCGUCCGCCGGUGGACGGAUUACCUGCCAAAGUUGGGGAAAAGGUUCCGUCCACCGGUGGACGGAUUACUGGACAAGGUUUUGCAAGAGGAAUCCGUCCGCCGGUAGACGGAUUACUUGUCAAUGUUUGGGAAAAGGUUCCGUCCACCGGUUGACGGAUUACUGGACAAGAAUGCAAGAGGACGGAUUGCCUGCUAAUUUUGGCGAAUAUUUUUCGUCCACUGGUGAACGGAUUCCUGGAAAAGAAUGCAAGAGGAAUCCGUCCGCCGGUAGAUGGACUGCCUGCCUAUGUUGGCGAAAAGGUUCGGUCCAAUUCAAUUUUUUAAGGACUUUUUUUGCAGGAGUGAUCUUCGUGAUGUUUGCAAAAGGAACUGUGAUACUAACUGGAUUUUUUUUCGCAAUUUUUGCAGAAGGAGUCAACUUGAAGAAUACCUUCAAGGCCGCCUUGCACCAAAAUGGACACCGUGCCGCCGUCAGGUUUUCCGGUCCUGUUGGACUUAAGGUCGCUAAAACGACAUCGCGCCAGAGCUUUAAGGCGCCAACCAUCACACAGGCAGUUGCGAUGAUAGACGGAGAGAAGGCCAUUCCAGAGAUUCGACGGAACCUGCGCCGAAGUAUGAGGAGUUUGCGGAACUUUAUCCGGGACACUGGCGUGGCGGACUGGUUCGAGGAGUUUCCGAUGAGGCGAGAUAUGAUCCUGCUGAUCUCCAGCAACUAUUGCGAUGUUGACCACACGAUGACGAGGGAACGGAUAGGAAGAUCAGGACGAGACCAUUUCAACCUCGAACGUGAUGGACACGGACCUCCGUUUGAUGCGGACGUCGCUGCUUCGUCGCCAUUCGUUCUUCCGGUAGUCCAACAUGCCAACAUUUUUUGCAGGAGGAAUCUGGCCAAAGUUGAAAAUAACACGGACUUGGCCGCCCUCAAUUCGGCGAUCCAUGACCUAACGGCCUUGACCCGUUACGCUCGUCGAAAUCCUGGGUUGAUUGAGUUCAUGAUCGAUAAGAACAUGGAGACGCAGCGUGCGGCAAGAGAGGCUAGUAGGGUGGACAUCCCAGUUAGCGAUAUGCACGAUCUGCGGUCGGCUGACGCAGCAGGUCACCUGAAUCUCAACCACGGGACUCCGAACGUCACGGAGCAGUUGAAUCGCCUGAAGCACCCGGACUACGAGACCGUCUACUAGCUGUCCAACUUUCACUGGUCGUCGAUCCUGAAGCUCUUCGGACGGUACGUUCUUCCCUCGAUCAAGCUAUCGCACGCGGUUAGUCCUCAAAUAGCUCAGAAACUUAGCAAUCUCGACGAGAAAGCCCCGCAUCACUUCCAUUGGAAGGCACUGGCCGCCGCGCUGGAUCCGAUCGACUUGAACGACGCCGACACCGGAGACGUUCCGAGCAUUAACACCGGCAACGUACCGUUCUACCCAAAGACGCCGAUAGAGAUCCUGCUUUGUUGUCUUCCGGUCUAAAUACAAGGCGACGUCCCAACGUCCCAACGACCUGGCAGCAGUACGGGUCGCAAGAAAUCCUACCAAACUUCGCCGAUCUGGUGUCUGGACUUUCUGGAUAAUCUCAUCGUGAUCGGGUGCGCCGACGGGCGGCUCGAGUUCUGGGACGGCACCACCGGCAACUUGAAGGUAAGCUCGUAGAUCUCAAGUCGUGUUGGCAGCUAACUGAGGUGCGUUUGUUUCAGGGCAUCUACGAACCAUUUACUGCUGCAGCAGGAUCUGCCGGCCGUUCGCAGCGGCAGAAUCGUGCCUCGCAUGCUUGGGCUAAACUACACACAUGAAGUGGAACUGGUAACCGGAACUCGCCUCCAUCCUUUUUUUUUUAAUGUUGGCUAAGUUUUGAGAGUAAAAAUAAUAAAAUAAUAAUAGCGCCGUGUUGUUAAUUUAUUUUAAACUUUGUUUUUAUUUCAAUCCCAAAAGAGAAAUCAAAAAACGCCCGAAGAUAGGCAACAUCUAAACCUGUGAAAUAUUUCCCC